AGAUGAGCAUUCUCUCUGUCACCUUUAUUUCUUGAGCAUUUUUGCUAUCAGUAGCAAAUGUUACACAAAGGUGAUAUGGAAUUGAGAUUUUGAGCCAGUGCUUCAAAUAUUGGGUGGAGGAGGGGAAUGGCCGUGAUAUUGAGUACGGGUAUGCUUGAAAGGCACCAUGAAGAAAUUGGGCCCUGUUUAGACUGAUGGGUCAUAGCCUAGCCUGAAGGACUCAAGCUAAUAUUGUGAUGGCUGGAGAAGGAACAACUGUUAUCAGGCCAACUCCUCCGGCAACUCCAAAGCGAGGAUACACUUCUGGCAAGAUGAUUGCUGCCAAGGUUCAGAUGCUGGAUGAUACCCUCACCAUCUUUCAAGUCCAGCCCAAAGCUUUGGGAAGAGUUCUAUUUGAGCAGCUUUGUAGACAGCUGAAUUUAUUGGAGGCAGACUAUUUUGGGCUGGAAUAUCAAGAUGCUGGAGGCUCAAGGUAUUGGUUGGACUUGGAGAAGCACAUGAAUCGCCAGUUGGGGUUACCGACUGACCCUGUGUUUCGCUUUGGAGUCAAGUUCUACACCCCUGAUCCUGGACAAUUGGAGGAGGAAUUCACCCGAUAUUUGUUUUGUCUUCAGAUCAAAAGAGAUCUGGCACAGGGAAUCCUUCGUGUCAAUGACAAUACUGCUGCGGUGUUGGCCUCUUACAUUGUUCAGGGCAAGUGUCUUUUUUUUCAUUGUAAGCUGCAUUAUCAGGCUGAAUCUGGGGACUAUGUGGCAGAGGAUUACCCUGAUCAUUCCUACUUGUCUGGAUACAAGUUUGUGCCUGAUCAAACUCCAGAGUUGGAGAGACGGAUCAUGGAGAAUCACAAGAAGCUUGUGUGGGUUUCUGUUACUGACUCUGCAGACAUGGGUCAAAGCCCAGCAGAGGCUGAUCUCAAUCUUCUGGAGACAGCACGCCGAUGUGAAUUUUAUGGGAUCAAAAUGACACCAUCUCGGGACCAAGAGGGGAUCCCGCUGAACUUAGCUAUCACCCACACGGGUUUGCACAUCUUCCAGAACUGGACUCGAAUCAACAUGUUCAAUUGGGGCAAGAUCCGGAAGCUCUCCUUCAAGCGCAAGCGUUUCCUCCUUAAGCUCCAUCCAGACACUCAGGUUGGCCCUGUCUGGUUCAUUCAAUUGUUCUCUUUAUUCAUCUUGAUCAUAUUAACUGGUCUGUAUAAAAACAUGGUGGAAUUCCAUUUUGAUGGGAGGAAUGAGAGCAAGAACUUUUGGAAGAAAUGUGUGGAGCACCAUGGGUUCUUUCGGUGCACAGCAUCCAAAAAGUCCCAUCGCCAGAAACCACGUGUCAUCUCCCGUGGCUCUUCAUUCCGGUACAGUGGAAGGACCCAGGUAGAAGUGAUGGAAUUUGUUCGUGAGAAUUACAUCAAGCGCCAGUCUUUUCAGAGGUCUCAGUCCUUUCGUCAAUCCACAGGGCCACGCCAUGGCCAUCACAUGACUGCAGGCAGUGUUGGGACCAGCCUUUCUGCCCAGCCACUCCUUCCCAUCUCCACUGAAGCCCUCCUUGCAAUGGAAAUGAUGGAAAUUCUAGGAACAAGCACACCGAAAGGACUCGGUAGGCUAUCUGGUGGAGUGGGAGGAGAAAACCACAUAGAUGCUGGUGACUACGACAUGGAGACUCCAAGCCUGGCAACUUCACGAGCUGAGACGCUGUCCCAGCAGACCUCUGUGACAAGCAGCCCCCAGCGCAUGACUGACCGUAUUACCGAUGAUGAGUGCUCAUCCUCGCCCCGACGUUCUCACCCAGGCUCCAGCGUUCCACCAGGUGAUGAAUCUGACUCACUCUUCUCGGGUGUCCCUACACGAAAGCCCAGGACUGGCAUCCCCUCUUCUAUACCCCCUAUCCCAUCUCCCAUCUCUCUACCUCGGGCUCUCCUUCACCAGGCAUCAACUUCAACCCCUAGUCCGUCAACUUCACUUUCUUCAUCUCCCACAUCAGUGAACUCCAGAAUUGAGAACCCAACAGUGAUUGAGCGUCCGAUAAAUCUUCUCCCACGAUCACAAAGUGAUUCAGAAAUCUAUAAGGCUCAGCCAGAGGAGGCUGAUUUGCAAAAUCCAUUCCCAGUUUACCAAGAUGACUGCAUGUCACCUGAAGAUACCCUGCAUAAUAUGGAGGAUAACUUAAGUCAUGAUUCCUAUGAACUUCUAGGUCGCAGUAGCAACUUUGAGAACUUAUUCAGCCCCUUGCAGUUGAGAGCUUCAGCACCAAGCAUCUAUUAUGACUUUGGUGAAAUAAAGAAGCCUGAGACGUCAUCUUCAUCCUCCGAUGAUGAUGGAGGACGUGGAACAAAGUCAGACUCCUCCACUCUUCCAUCACAUUACCGCAUUCAUCACCAUCACCACCACCUGAUUCAGUCACCCAUUCAUACUGAGGUGGAUGUCCUGGAGGACAUGGCUGUUCCAUACAUCCUGCACCGGAGAUUGGUUUUGAGCAAGAGUGCUGAGUGCACGGUUCCUGUCUCCCCAACAACCAAGAAGCCUCCAAUCAGACGACAGAAAAGUCUGGUUGCAGAUCCUUAUGAUGAGAGUGGAGUUAUAGGUAUGCACCGAGGAUAUAUUUCCAGUUCGGAGUCAGAGCCAGAUGAAAAGCCAUCUCCAAUUAGAACUACAUCAUUGGUUCUUUCAAAGACAGAUCUCCCUCGGCCAGAUUCUUUUUCAUAUCGUGAUGACACCAUUGUUAUGAUGGAUAAGGAUGAUGACAAGGAUGAUGAAGCAGAUGAUUCCAGCAGCCGAGAGGAAUCUACCCCAGUUCCUCCAACAUCCUAUGAACCCAUUGAUACAGUUCUUGAUGAUCCAAGUGAACCAGAGUUCCCAGAGGCUCCCACAGAAGAAGAACUGAAUGGUCUAAGCCUGUUCCCCUUACGAACCCUCUCUCGUAUCUCAGAGCACCUGAGUGAACAGGAGGAUUCUGAUGUUGAAGGACGACGUGGUGCACGUCGAGAACUGUCUUUCCCCCUCCCUCCUCCCCCACCUCCACCAGAACAAACUGGGGAAAUCUCAUCUCCAUCAGAAUUGGAAUCUCCACCUCCACUUCCACCACAUAUAAGUGCAUCAACAUCAAUUGAAGCCAGUGAAAGCUUCCCUUCACCUCCCAGUUCUGCCUUCCCAGAGUCUUCUUUGACAGAAGUGACCAACAUUGCUGUGGGUGGUUUCCUGCCUUCAUUGAGCAGUUCCAGCAGUGAGGAGACAGUUCAUGACUCAGAGGGAUCACCAAUGGAAGCAUUGGAAGAGCUUGGGGAGUUGGGUGACCUAGAGCCACCUCCAUUACCCUUGCGCACAUCUUCUCUAACCCGCAAGAAAGAUCAGGGAGGGGAGGAUGUGGAGCCAAAGACAAUGGGAGCAGAAGCAUCAGGAGAACCCCAACCUGAACCACCUGGUUCUCCUGUACACACAAGGCACAAAGUGGAGAUGUCUUUGAAAGUCAAUGAUGGAAGAUUCCUUCCUGCUCACUUUGGGACUGAGGUCAUGGAGAUAAUCGAUUUGGAUGCAAUGGUUGAUCCAGAUGAU